GACCGGUCUGGCAGUGUGACAGAAGGAAUGAGAAGAAAGGGCCUGUGGGGGAUUUGGACCCGGGGAGGGGCACGUGCGUGAUGGUUAGACACCGGGUAGUGCCUGUAGAAAUUAAGCCUCGCUGAACAUGCUCUUCUGCUGCUCUUUUGAUCAUUUCGCUCGGUCCCAAGGAACUUAGCUGGUAUCUGAUCCUGAACAUUGAUGCCAUGGCCUUUACUAAGACAUAUUUUCUGUGUCCGACAUCAGAUUUCAUACCUCCACCCCCAAUGGGCCCGCUAUGUCUUGGGUCUAUAAUCCUCUCCCCGUCAGCUCCGCAAUACCCUCUAAACAGAGAGAGUGUUAUUGCUGUGGCGGAUGCAUCCCCACCUGUUGUGGAGACCGACUGGAAGAAGACUGUUUCAACCGAGAAAGGGCUCGGUUUGGGUGUCUAUGCACAGUUCCUGCAGCUGGCUACCGGUGGACUGUCCCUUGGGCCCGAGGUGAACGUUGAGCAUUCGAAAAAAAGGGCAAAUACGUUCGCGUUCGACACGGUGACAACGCUGGCGUUCGAGCCGACGCAGGACUACGUGGAAGAGGCCGUCAAGGCACCGGCCGUGCAGGCAUGGUUGAGAGAGCCCAGGCAGAAGUUCGCAAUCGUCAGCGAGCUCUUCAUCAUCACGGGCAUGAAGAUCGUCAAGGGAGCCAAGAUCAGAUACUCGACUUCACAGAGCACAACGGUCAAGGGGAACCUCGGCAUCAACGUGACGGCGCUGGGCACAACCUUUGGGCCGAAAGGCCACUGGACUAGCACGAAUGAUGAUGCGACGGAGUCCAAUAGUGAGUCGGAAUUUGUGUUUGCGUUCCGCGUGAAGAGGCUCAGGUUUGGGCGGAGACUGAAGCUUGAAGGAUACAACAAGGGCGCCUUUAUGACAGUUGGUGGGAAGAAAGAUGACGACGAAUGUGUUUUACUUGAGGACGUGGAUGGAGCUGAUAUCAGGACUGCUGAGGCUGUUCCCGAUGUGAGCGAGAAUGGCAACGUCUAUUGCGUCCCCGCUUAAUCAUGCUAAACGAAUCUUAGACUACACCGGAGAUAAGACAUCAGUGAAUCUUAUGU